AUGCGCCUUAUCAAUGUCGAAACCCUAGAGUUGGAGUCCUUCGUUGGGGAUCUGGGUCGAGAAGUCCCAACAUACGCCAUCCUCUCACACGUAUGGACGAAUGAGGAAGUCUCGUACCAACAAAUGACAGGCUCACUUCCUAUUUCAGAAGACUCCAAAGGAUAUCGAAAAAUCGUCGAGUUCUGCGCAAAGGCCAGGAAUGAGGGAUUUGAGUACGCCUGGGUAGACACUUGCUGUAUAGACAAGACGUCAAGCGCGGAACUAUCAGAGGCUAUCAACUCCAUGUUUCUAUGGUAUCGAAAGUCAGAUGCAUGCUAUGUGUAUCUACAAGACGUGCCGAGCACAGAAAACCCUGUGUCUAGAGGAUCUCAAUUUCGCCAGAGUCGUUGGUUUACACGGGGAUGGACGCUACAAGAGUUACUUGCACCACAUGAAGUGAUAUUCUUGGCCAACGACUGGCGUGAGAUUGGUACAAAAGCAACCCUCAGUGCUACAAUCUCGGAAGUCACAAAGAUUGAUAUUAAAACUCUGGUCGGACACACGUGGACUCACGUCAGCAUUGCAAUGAUCAUGUCAUGGGCAUCGAUGCGAGAGACGACGAGACUUGAAGAUCAAGCAUAUUCGCUGCUGGGUCUUUUCGAUGUCAACAUGCCCCUUAUAUAUGGAGAAGGUCAAAAAGCGUUUUACAGACUUCAAGUCGAGAUAAUGAAGCUCUCAAAUGAUGACUCAUUGUUUGCAUGGUCGACAGAGCCACUCCAAGAUAAAGGUUACUCCACCAGUGAGGGAACUUCUGCAAGGGGCUUCCGAUUCCUUGGUCUAUUAGCACCGUCUGUCUGCUGUUUUAGAGAUUCACAUGAUAUUGUUACGCCAAAAGACUUUCCAGACAGUCAUUCACCAUACGAUAUGGCAAAGCAGAACAUCAGUCUAUCAGCUGUACUGGUCAGGUUGUGUCCAUUACCAGCCGACCACAAAUACCUCAGUUAUGGGCUUGACGAGGUCGAUGUGGUUGGAACAGUCAGGUUCUCGAAGAAUAUUCACCCCGUGAAGGCCGUUGAUCACGGCCUCGUCAUCACACCGGCUAGACAAAACUCUAAGGGUUUGAAGGUGAUGUGUCUGCUUGCCAUACUACGCUGUUGGAACAAAGAUGGAUAUAUCGCAAUUCCGAUCAAGAAACUGUCUUCUGGCGGUUUCCAAAGAGUAGAGAAUGGGUAUCGAUGUCGAUGGUUCAGAGUUCGCUUGAUGCCGUUACGAUUAUGUCUCAAAGAAGAAGAUGAGAGAUUGCAUAACGAAUCGGUAUACAGAUUGAAGCAGUUCGAUGCCGAGAACAGAGAAAGAGGGCCUCCAGCGGAUCCACCGGAAACGAUAUUGAUCAAGGCAUAUGUUCCACUGGAGUCAGCAUUUGGAGCUCUUCAAUCAAUACCAAAGGGUGGAGGUCCAAACCCAACAUUCAGGUUCAGAUCAUUACCUAUAGAACACACCAACUAUGUUCUUAGCGAAGACUAUCCAGUUAGUUGUGUACUGCCUUUGUCAGAGUCGCGAGCUCACGCUACUGUACUCGAGGGCUUUAACAAUAUCAUCGACGCUGUCCCGAUAACGUUCCUUGUUUUCAGAGACAAUGAACCGAAAGAAGAACUACCACCUUUCCUCGUCUACGUCAGAACUCGCACGGAUAAGAUACAAAAUCCCAGUAGCAUGGUAGGGUGUCUGGUAGGACCUCAAGUGGAUCACUGGACCAAAGCACCCGAAACCCUUAACACAGCUCUUAUCGAGAUCGAUAUCAAGCGAUCAUGCACAAGGAUACUUCUCUCAGGUGACUUGUACCUGAAAAGGGGCUGGCCUGGGACACAGGGCCACAAAGUGAUUCGUCCAAGAUACCAUUGA